AGGUAACUAGCUCUGGAAUAUUUUGCUUCCCCGGACUACCAUUAUAUACGACCUGUUGGCCCUCACGUCGUUCUCUCCACAAUUUUAAGGGUUCAACGGUAGUCGAUCGUGGGAUCAUGUAAGGAAUGAUGAAGGUCUCCUCUAUUCUGGAGAGGAUUUCUCUCCCCAUGCCAACGGGAGUUCCCGGCUCUGCUGUGCCUGCAAUCCUGGUGGGACUUUUUGUUGCGUUGGGAGGCGUACUUUUUGGGUAUGACACAGGCAACAUCAAUGGCAUCCUUGCCAUGGAACAAUUUAGAAAUCAAUUUUCAACAGGAUAUGCCGAUGAAGUCGAGGGACAACCUAAUCAGCCCGAUCUCACUGCUAGACAAAAAGCUCUGAUUGUUUCUAUAUUAUCGGCUGGUACAUUCUUUGGCGCCCUGUUGGCUGCUCCAGUGGCAGAUAAAAUUGGCCGUCGAUACGGCUUGAUGGUUUCCUGCCUCAUUUUUAUCGUUGGCGCUUCUUUGCAGGUUGCUUCAGUCUCCAUUCCUGUCUUUGCUGCGGGAAGGUGCGUCGCUGGGCUGGGUGUUGGUAUGCUAUCGACUCUUAUACCUUUGUAUCAAGCCGAGACUGCGCCGAAAUGGAUCAGAGGAGCCAUCUGUUCAGCCUUCCAAUUCGCAAUCACGUUUGGCCUAUUCCUAGCCGCCAUCGUCGAUAAUGCCACUAAAGACCGGACUAAUGCCGGUGCAUAUCGAAUUCCCCUGAUGGUUCAGUUGAUCUGGGCAGUUAUUCUUAUUCUUGGCAUGACUGCCCUUCCAGAAACACCGCGAUAUCUCAUCAAACGUGACCGACACGAAGACGCUGCUCGGUCUCUGGCUCGUUUACGACGACUUCCCCUGGACAGUCGAUAUCUAGCUGAAAUUGCUGAGAUUGCCGAACAUCACGAGCAUGAGCUUAAUCUCGGUGGAAGUUCGUACCUGGACUGUUUCAAGGGGAGUCUUGGGAAACGACUCUUGACGGGAUGCCUACUGCAAGUAUCUCAACAACUUACUGGUAUCAACUUCAUAUUCUAUUACGGAACAUCAUAUUUCUUGGAUAGCGGCAUGGGCGAUCCUUUUACCAUCACCAUGAUUACUAAUAGUGUCAAUGUGAUAUCAACCAUCCCUGGCUUGUUGAUGAUUGAAAGAUGGGGACGUCGACCACUGCUGCUCUUUGGCGGAGUUGGGAUGGCCGUCUCUCAGUUCCUUGUCGCUGGCUUAGGCACAGGUCUCGCUCAAAGUGACGCGACCAACACGGCUUCGACAGUCUUGAUCUGCCUUUUCGUCUUUUUCUACGCAUGUUCAUGGGGCCCAGUAGUUUGGGUAGUUCCCGGUGAAAUCUUUUCACUAAAAGUUCGAGCCAAAUCCAUGUCUAUCUCAACGGCAUCCAACUGGCUCGUUAAUUUCGCUCUAGCCUAUUCCGUCCCUUUUUUGAUUGAAACGGGAACCGGAAACCUACAUCUACAAGCCAGGUUGUUCUUUAUUUGGGCCAGCUUCUGUGUCCUUGCUUGCGUUAUUGUCUGGUGUCUGGUCUACGAGACCAAGGGUCUAUCCCUGGAGCAGGUUGAUGAGAUGUAUGCCGAAAUCGAUAGGGCUUGGGAAUCUCAUCAUUUCCAGGCUGUGGUUGCCCUUCGAAACUCACAGCGCCGUUCCGUGAACUCCCAGACACAACCCUGGGUUCGUCACAGUACAAAGACGCCAUCAUAUUCAGUGCAUGUCGAAGCUUCCCCCCCUUCAACGCUGGAGGAUAAUGAACGCCAUUUGUCACGGUCGAGUAGGGGUACCGUUCUCGAGCACGAACCUUCCAUUAUGUUACGCCAGUUUCCUUAGCAUGAAACGAAUGUCUAAUAAUAAUUUACUUAGUAGGAAAUGAUAUAUGAAUAUGGAACAUUGAACGGUACC